CGCCACUUGUAUACAUAUCCCCUUCCAGUUUUAUUUAUAUUUUAUCCUUAUUUCUAGAUAGAAAUACUUCAGCAUAUAUUUAUAAUACUAUAAUUCUCCAUGGAACAUAAUACAAACGAACCAUCCGAGCAUUACAAACAUUACAACGAUGACAACUCACCACAGUCUGAAUCCAGUCCCUCUUUUCAUCCUACUUUUGACUUCGAUGUAGAAUUCAAUGCUCAUCGACUUGCUGUCAGUUAUGGCAAUAUGGAACAAGCAACUCAUAGUUUUAUUUUUUUACAAAGCAACGCAAAUGAUAAUGAGAAGUACAGAGACUACCUCAUUGAAUUAUCAAGUCAUAUUGAACCUAUUCAAGACUCUGCCCUUAGUCGAUUCUUUCAGUCUUUACCAGCACUUAUACAAUCUACAAUUGUGAACACAGCAUCAGAUCAUGUAGAGAAAUCAAAUUAUUUGCAAGCAUACCGGAUCUUAUUUGAUUAUAUACAAUCCUAUCCUCGUCAUGCUUACAAAUACCUGAUACGUGCUAUGAAAUUAUUGAUAUUAGGUGCCCAAGGUGAUGACAAAGACAAAUGUAUCGAAAUUCUAGUGACAAAUCUUUUCCCAAGACUGUGGAAGCAACGUAUCUUAUUGACGCAUAGUGGAUGUUUACCGAGUAUCAAAUCAACUGAUGGAAAACACUAUAUCAUCAUCCCAUGUAACCUAUUUGAAGAAUUCUUACGACUAGGACAACGUUACUAUAUCGACAACCGACAGUGGAAUGAUGUUAUCAAGUUUACAUGCUCUAUGUUGGAAUGUUGUGGAUAUGAUGGGUUAGCUCGAUUAGCAUUUUUAUCUCACACCAACCGAUAUCAAUAUUUAAAGGAAAAUCGACAUACACUAUCCGUUGUUCAAAGCGACACUAUGCAACCACAAUCUACCCCACGUGAGGAAUUGGUAUCAUCUUCGACUUCAAAUGGAUACUUAAGAAACAAGUCUAUACAUUCAUCAACAUCAACUUCUGCAACUUCUGUACUUGGACAAGAUGCUGAUAAUGAUGCAUUAUCAGUAAUGGUUGCUUUUAUGUGCGAAUAUAUGGCAGUGGCUUCUCAAUUUACUCAAUUUGCCUAUGAUUAUUACUGUGCGGUCUGUGUACUGAACCAAGAAAAAGACGGCGAUGAUGAUAGUCAGUACGAAGAAAAGGCAUGUUUGAUUCCUAUAUGUGCUAUCAAUAACAAGAACAGCAACAACGACAACAAUUUUGAUGGUGAUGUCGAUCGAUCGCAAAAAGUGUCAUCUACAAUUUCAUCAACUACAAAACCUAAGCAACAAUCCGAUCCAAAUGGUAGAGAUAGUGAUAAAGGAUCAUCAUCAGCAUGUAAUGAAAUAAUCCAGGAGGAAAAUGAGUAUAGAAUUCAUCAUCAGCAGCUUCAACAUCAAAGCAAAAAAAUGCGACUGGACGAUACGGUGGGACAAUCUUUUGGCGUAGGAGAUGGACUAAAUUCUUCAUGUAUGGAAGGUGUGGAUCAGACAUUGCAAGUGCUCAGUAUGGCGGCAGACUGUUUACGACAUUUGGUUAACCUUUGGGAUUGGGCUACUCACACUGUUCCAAGUUUCGACUGGUUAGGUGAAUUUGGAGGAUGGGAACAAGAAUUGACACGAGUUAUAGAUGCCUAUCAACUUCCUUUUGACAUUUUUAAUGCCGUACUACUAGUUCGAAGUGAUUUGGCUUUAUCUACGCCAUCCAUUCCUGGGAACCUAUCCAAAGCUCUCAAAUUAUCUCAAUCUAUAUGUGAUCGAAUCGAAGCUCAAAGGCGUCAAAGAAAAGGAAAAUCUCAUUUAAUUGAAUACAAUAUACCUUUUAUGUUUGCAUUCCGUGUGUUAUAUACCAUUGGUGUUAUCUAUUUAUUGGUUGGAAGUCUACAGCAGUCAACAUUGGAAAUAGCCAUCAUCUUAUCCGUCUUUCCGAUACCACUAGAACUCAAUGACAAGGAUUUUAUUAGAGAUGAAAUAGAUUGUCACACAGCAGCUACAGUAUUUCGUGAUCAUGAAUAUGGAUUGAUGCAUGUUACGCAAAAAGGAUUAACAGUCAGGUGUAUCAAACAUCUUAUUGUCAGUCUGGGUAGUGAAACAAGACAACAAGGGGGAAUGGCAUCUUUGGACUCUGCUUUACGAUGGGAUGAAAAGGCUGGAAGUAUGAUGGUGUUAAUGCAAUACGGUUGGCCGUACUGGUUGACUCGAACCGAUUUUUGGGACAAAGUCAUCCACCAAAUGAAAGAACGACGGAUUUUCAGGAACAGAGGCGUGCUGGAAUACAUUUUUGUACCUCAAAUACUUCAAGCACUACAAGAUCUUCAUGAGUCUCGACAGGUAUUUAUGGAUAUUCUAUCAGCAGAAUUUGUUAUACGAAAUGGGCAUAAUCAUUUGGAAACACAAUCAUCCUCAUCAUCACCAAGAUUAUUAUCAAGUACAAACGAUAUGACGACAAAUAGUGAAGAUCGGAUAUUACCAUCUUUAAGUUCAUUACCAAUCUCCUCCAAAUCUGUGAUACGACCACCACCGCCAUUAUAUGAACCCAUCAUGACAAAUACAAUAUUACCCAGCAUGGAAAUGUCCCCUUCUUGGUAUUCAGCAUCAACACAAAGCACAGCUCAGGUCAAUUGGAUGUCGCCUUCUUUUUAUUACAGUCGACCCGCAACAGCAGUAGUAUUACCAAGAAAACAAAAGCGACAACAAAAAAGCUACAAUGAUGAUGACGAUGAUGAUGAUGGUAAUACCAACCAAGGUGAAGAUGACAGCAAAGAUGAUAAUAAUGACAAUGAUGAAAUGAAGACUAGCAUGAAAUACAACAAUAUUUCCAAUGAAAUGGUAUCAAGGUGUUUGGAUCAACGCAUUAAACGAUAUAGUAGAAAUCAACUACCAGCUCAUCGUACACGACAUAUACUACAAUUAUUUUUGAAGAACAUGGUUGUCAAGAGUAGUGAAGAUGAAUAAGAAACAAGCUUUUUUGGCCUCCGCGGAGUUUCGAGUGAACAGGUAAGAUUGUAGGAUCAACUAAAAAUAGAACUUCGAAACUUUAUUGUGCUCACCCAGGAUUUUGGUUUUUUUGAAUAAAGACUUGAAUUUUCCUCUCUCUC